GACCAGGGGGUGGGGCGAAAGGUUUCAAUAUGGCUGCGCCCAUGUGCAACGAGUAUCGGGUGUGUUUACAGCGAGCGGCUGACGUUUUGUGGGCACAUGGAUCGAGGGGAUUUCUUGGUCUCCCUGACGGCUGGUGGGCUAGCUGGAGUGUGUGUUGACCUGAUAUUGUUCCCCUUGGAUACAGUCAAAACGAGACUGCAGAGUCCUCAAGGAUUUAAGAAGGCUGGUGGCUUCCAUGGCAUCUAUGCUGGUGUUCCUUCUACAGCUGUAGGGUCCUUUCCGAAUGCUGCUGCCUUUUUUGCCACCUACGAGUUUACAAAAGCCACGCUCCGCAAAGAUGCACCUCCAUAUUUAUCUCCUCUCACGCACAUGCUGGCUGCUUCAUUGGGAGAAAUAGUUGCUUGUCUAAUACGGGUUCCCUCUGAAGUUGUGAAACAGAGAGCACAAGUUUCUCCUUCUUCCAGUACCUUACGGAUCCUUUCCAAUACUGUAUGCGAAGAGGGUAUUCUGGGACUCUACCGAGGUUAUAAAAGCACAGUAUUAAGAGAGAUUCCUUUCUCCCUUGUACAGUUUCCUCUGUGGGAGUCCUUAAAGGAUCUCUGGUCAUGGAAGCAAGGACACGUGGUCGAUUCUUGGCAGUCUGCAGUCUGUGGAGCUUUUGCAGGUGGAUUUGCAGCUGCAGUCACCACCCCUCUGGAUGUAGCCAAGACAAGAAUUAUGCUGGCAAAGACCGGCUCCAGAACCGCAAGUGGGAAUGUGCUGUCGGCUCUGCAUCAAGUUUGGAGGACCCAAGGGAUAUCUGGGUUGUUUGCAGGCGUUGUCCCUCGAAUAUCUGCCAUCAGUCUUGGGGGCUUUAUCUUCCUGGGGAUGUAUGACAAGAUACGCCGUUUGCUCUUGUGAAUUGGCUCUGGAACUCGAAAAGGAACAGCUGAGGUGCUGCUUCCCCCUCCCCUUCUCCUAAGGGGGGAAAAAUGCGCAUUUGUGAAGUUAUUCAUUUGCCUUCCCACAAGUUUAUCUCCCCGCAGGCCCUAGGUCCUGCCUCCUGUGGCUCAGCAGCUGUUCAACAGCCUGGACUCUAUUCUCACUAUUAUUUAAAAGAAAAGAAAAGAAAACCCUUAAUUCCGUUUCCCUAGUAUAAAAUGUCCCUGUAUGGAAACCCCUGUUCGAGUGGUGAGCUCAUUGGAAGGAGCAUGCCAAGAAAGGCAACUUUGGGGGGCAAACGACUCGUUUUAUGGGCUCCAGCCUUGUGCCUGAAAGGCAUUAUUAUUAGAACUCAUUUAGGGAAAAUGAUGUGCAAAUGAGAAGAACAUGGCCUGCACGGCAUGGAAGGAAUAAAAGGAGCACUCAUUUGUUUUGUGAGACCAGCAUCACAGCAUUUACGUUACCCCAGGCCAGCCAUGCUCCAGAGGACAGAAGAAAAGAGGACAGGCACAGGGAUUUCUUUCCUUAAGUGAGUGUGUGUGUGUGUGUGUGGUUUGAACCCCAUUUGGAAAGUUUAGACCACUGUUCCUACCUGCAGGUGCAUAGCAAGCAUUCUUGCUUGGAUAAGCAAGGCUGCCUUUUUUAAUUAGACUCAGAUUUCUCCAGUAAAAGUACAAUGUUGUAUUAUUUUACUGUCCAACAAGGUUGCCUAUGAAAAUGAAACAAUGCUCUUGGUUUUUCUACCUGCCUCCCACCCCACAAGCGGCACAGUCUUGCAGAACGUGAAGAAGGGGAGGGGGGUGACCAGCAGAAAGGGGGGGCGAUGGGAAAGGGUGCCGUUUAUAGCCUCUUUUACUUGAGGAAUAGUGCAGCAAGCAAAGCAAGAAUUGGUGGGCCUGUCCAGAAGGGAAUGAUGGGUUACAGUCUGUGCCACCGGCCCUCAGGGUAACAUGGUGAGUUGGGCUUCUGAUUUUUGUACGCUGCUUGGUAACCACCUGUAAGAGCAGUUUGUGAAGCUGCUUACAGAAGAAAGCCGGGCAUAAAGUUUGCUAUUGGCAUGUCUCUGAUGCCGUCCCUGAGAGAUGCUCUCCGCUUUGCAUCUUUGCAGCUCGGAUGUAAAUACACUGGGAAGGAUACACCCAAUGAGCCCUGCCAAAGGACUUCCAACUGUGCAAAGGGGCUUUCUCCCCUCUGUGCUGGGUGUCCAUGUGUCAGGAGAACUGCAUGCUGGGGGGGGGGGUGUCGUACCCAGGGCCGGAUUUAGGUUUGAUGAGGCCCUAAGCUACUGAAGGUAAUGGGGCCCUUUACAUGUCCAGCUGUCCUUUGUCAACAACAAAUUGUCGCUGUUUUUUGUGUUGUAUAUAUGCUACAUGGCAAUUGAUGGACCUAAUAGGUAUCUAAAGCCAUUUGCACAUGUUGCCCUGCAACCAGUCCAUGCAGAAUGUAGGCACCCUAUAUAUAGAAAUGAGCAAACCAGUGAUAUUUUAGGGAGCAGGCGAGCAGGCAGGGCCCAUUGCUGUAUGUAGGUUUUACUUUAUUUGUUUUUUAUCUUAUAUUUCGGAAAUGUACAUCCAGUUUUUUUUUCUUUAAUUUUUUUUGGGCCCCCAAGAGAGUGGGGCCCUAAGCUAUAGCUUGUUUAGCUUAUACGUAAAUCCAGCACUAUCGUACCACUUGGCAAUUGAAAUGCUUGCUUGGGCAGAACAUUCGUCAGAGUGUCUCAUUGAAUUCUAGCCACUUACGGAAAUAACACAGAUUAAAGGGCAAAAUGUUCAUCAGGUCUUUAAAGUUUAAUAUUUAAACAGUCUUGGCAGUGAAUUGAAAGAAGCCAUUGAAGAAUAAUUUUUGUCACCUGCCCUUAUCACAAAGCAAUGAUCUAGAUAACGUUUGUGGCAUGUUCUACCCAGGCAGGAGAUAAUCUGAAGUUCCAGAGGUCCUGGGAAACACACUGUUUCCCCACAUAAUAUAGAUACUUAAGUUGGAGACAUAACUGCUAAUUAAGUUUUCUUGUAGACACAAUAUUGUGCCAAAGCAGGAUCAGAUUUUCAGAUGGAACGUUCAAGAACUGCUUUGUUGGCUUGGAGUAAAUGCUUGUCUCUUCCAGCAUUCCAACAGCCCUCUCUCUGUGUCUCCUAGAAAACAUCCUAUUUUGUUCUCAUCGUCUGAUGCUUGGAUUUACGCUGCCUCUCAAACAUGGGAGUUCUAGUCAGCUCUCAUGGGCAAUAGCCAUAGAACUCUUCUUCAGUCAUGUAAUUUUUAGAAUCCUGUGGCUUAAGCCAUGUUGUCAACCUCUCCCCCCCCCUUUUAAUUAUGUCCAUUACAAAUAUGUUAAGUGAGCUUGUAUUGGAUUUCAGUGAUAUCUACUAAGGGCUCAAGCAUGCCUGGAUACCAAAAAUACACAAUGGGCGGUCGGCAAUGUCAAUGGAGAAAUGAUCCUUGGAAGCCAUUCGGCUUCCGAGGCGCGUUCAGAAACAGAAGCAUUCACUUCCAGGUUUUUAGCGUUCGGCUUCCGAAUUGUUCGGCUUCCGAGACAUUCGAAAAUUGAGGUUCCACUUUCAUAUGGUGAGAGAGACUGAGAGAAAGCUGAGUAGGGCAUGCCAUAUAACACUAUUGAUGGUGGCAAAAUGGCACACUGCCAAAUCCCCCAGUCACAUUUGCCCAUAAGAUUGGCCCAUGGUGACAGAAGGAGGUGUUAGCAAAACCACCUAAAAACUUUACUUAUCAAUGAUAAUGAAAGCACAACUGUCUGCCUAUUUGCUCUUAAGCAAGUUCCACUUUAGCUCAGUGAGACUUGUUCGCUAGUUACUGUAAUUGUGUUUAGGAUGGACUGCAUAUUAAAAGGGAGUUUUGCAAAUCCCACUCACGUAGCAAUGUGGCAUUUUCUCUUAACCCCAUUCAUCCAUCCAACAAUAACCACAGACUCUAAUCUAAACAGAAACCAUUGAUAUUAUAAAUGGGCGUUUAUUAAAGUCACUUCAAUGCCAUUUGUUAGGACACUUCCAAUAUUUUUACAAUGUACUUUGUCAAUGUACAACAUUGUACCAAAAUUUUCUAAUAAAUAAAUAACUUUGUACACAAAAGUAAUACUUCCUCUUUCACAAUGCCUCUCAGAAGCAGCAGAUUCACAUAUUUAGUGGAAGUAACAAUAUUAUUUAAACAGUUAACAGUAUGCAAAAAUACAAUAUUUUUCAAAAUGUCAGCGUGGCAAGUGUGCUUUGCAUUUCCGAUGAUGAUACCUCCCCUCCCCCUUGCAUCUCUCUCUCAACUUAGCCUUUAUCAGUCUACCUCUUCUUAGAAAACAUAUAACGUAUUCCCUUUCUGUACCACCAAGAGGGAAAAUGCAGUCUGAUCCCCACCUCCAUUGGCUACUUUUUUCCUUUUAAAUGCACUGACUAGCUACACCUUGGCACUUCACAUAAUUAGCCACCUACCAGAAAGUGCAACUGAAUCUACCAUCAGGAAGUGAUAGAGACAGGUAGCUGGCUAAGUUAUGCAUUGCUUCAAAACGGCCAGCUUCAGCUAAAAAAAAAAAGCAGAUGGCAAAACUUGUCUCGAAUCUUUUGUUUUUGUUACCUUUCUCCUUACACUCCUGGGUUUUGAGGGUCCUUGCUUGACAAACCCAUCGUCUCCUCCAGUUGGGCUGGGUGGGAAGAAGGACCUCUUUCAUUGGAGGUGCAAAAUAGCCAGAUGUUUGCAGGCGCUACCCAGGCUUUAAGAGAUCAGUGUGUAUUUCACUGGCUUUUCCAUUUCGUGGAAAGCCCACAACACGCACAAACCUAUAUAUAGUAAAAUACCCACAGAAGCUAGGCCACAAACAUCUAGUUGCUUCCUCUGGAGCUGCAGUAGAAUAGGGUAACCUAAGUAGAAUGAAGCAACGUUAACACGGGGGAGGAGCAACUUGCAUGUUAAUCUGGCCUUGAAACGCUGCCU